UGACGUCACCUGUUGCCAUGGUAGCGCCCGCUGGAGAGAAAAAGAGGGGUGGUGCUAGAUCAUCUAGCAGAGUGCGGCUGCUGCAGAGGACAAGGAACGCUCCUUCUCCCGCUAGGCUGAUUUCUACCAAAAUGAGCGGCCUGGACGGGGGGAACAAGCUCCCUCUCGCUAAAACCAGCGGCCUCGCUAGUCCCGACCAUGCCCCAGAAGAUCUGGACCUAAACCAGUGCCAAGGGCCCCGCGAGGAAACCGAGGCGACACAGGCUAUGGCGAAUGCAGAUGGGGGCAGCUCGGAGACGGCUGCGGAGGAAGAUGCAGGCCGGGAUCCCGUGGAUUGUGGCUUCGCAUUCCGCAUCCGAGUUGCUGGCAGGCGCGGUGGUGCAGCGACCAAAGCCGGGCAGGAGGAUGCUCUUCCUUCCACGAAAAGCCUGGAAGCAGCCUCUCCCUCCCUGGCAGCUAACGACAGCCAGAAAAAUGGAUGUCAGCGUGGAGAGCCCCGCGGCCCAGCUGGGCAGAAGCCUCUAGAAGCCUGUGGCGCAGGGGUCUUGGGGUCUCAGAUGAUGCCUGGGAAGAAAGCCAAGGAAGUGACGACUAAAAAGUGCGCCAUCUCAGCGGCAGAGCAAAAGGAGGGAGAAGCAGGGGCAGUCAUGGAGGAAAAGAAGGUGACACAGAGGGAGAAAAAGGUAGUAGGAGGAGCGAAAGAGGAGACGCGCUCUAGGGCCCCGAAGAUCAAUAACUGCAUGGACUCUCUGGAGGCCAUAGAUCAAGAGCUGUCAAACGUAAAUGCCCAGGCCGACAGGGCCUUCCUUCAGCUGGAGCGCAAGUUUGGCCGAAUGCGAAGGCUCCAUAUGCAGCGCAGAAGUUUCAUUAUCCAAAAUAUCCCAUGUUUCUGGGUCACCGCCUUUCGAAACCACCCCCAGCUGUCACCUAUGAUCAGUGGCCAAGAUGAAGAUGUGAUGAGGUACAUGAUCAACUUGGAGGUGGAGGAGCUUAAACACCCCAGAGCAGGCUGCAAAUUCAAAUUCAUCUUUCAGAGCAAUCCCUACUUCCGAAAUGAGGGGCUUGUCAAGGAAUAUGAGCGCAGAUCCUCUGGCCGGGUGGUAUCUCUUUCCACUCCAAUCCGCUGGCACCGGGGACAAGACCCCCAGGCCCAUAUCCACAGGAACCGGGAAGGGAACACUAUCCCCAGUUUCUUCAACUGGUUCUCAGACCACAGCCUCCUAGAAUUCGACAGAAUUGCUGAGAUUAUCAAGGGUGAAUUGUGGCCCAAUCCCCUGCAGUAUUACCUGAUGGGUGAAGGGCCCCGUAGAGGAAUUCGAGGCCCACCAAGGCAGCCAGUGGAGAGCCCCAGGUCCUUCAGGUUCCAGUCUGGCUAACCUCUGCCCUGUGAGAAGGUUCUGCACAGGUUUCCUUACCAUCUCCUCUUGGGCCUGUGCUUGGCCAACUGCAUGCAGUCUUCUGUCUGCUUUCUCUUCAUACUGUGGAUUAUUUUGUCUUUUGGUUCUUCUAAAUCUUCAAUAAUCAAUUGCAAGAUUGUUGCUUACAUGCCUGUGUUCUUUCUUCUCUGGACCCUCACGCUGUUCUGCAUUGUAGUAACAUAUUCCAAGCUGUUCCAGACGCAUGGCCUCCUGCUUCUCUGCCAAGCACAUGAAGCUGUAGAUACACUGUACAGUACUUGCCUUUCUUUGCAUGGCUUGGCCCCUGUCUGUGAUUCUGGUCUUCUCCCCGGUUUUAAGUGGUUCUCUAUCACAAGGAAGCUUGAAACAUCUUUACAGAUAACUACCUGGGCUUCAUAUUUAUGCUGGCUGUGCUCCUGAUACCCCCUUGCUUAACAUUGAGUCUUAACCACUGCAAGAUGAAACUGAUAUCCCAACCCAGCCAUCAACCCAAAUUGGACAUUCCAGGCUACCACUAACUGGAUCCCAGCUGCCUUCCUGGAGCUGUGCCACCCACCCUGCUGGUUUUGUGGUAGAACAAGCAGGUGGUUGGUGAUUGACUGCUAGGCAUGAAUGAGGUAACAGAUGAGAAGUGUUGUAUGUUAUCGAGUAGGUCUUCCUGUACUGUUGGUUAUUCUGCAUCAUGACCCACUGCUGGUGAGUAUGAAGGCCCCCUGUGAUAUAAAGCCCACUCCUACUUGCUUUUGCCAGAGUGGGGAAAUUGAAGAAGUGUUUCUGGAAUGUAGGGUUAUUACAUCUCUUUCUCCCUCCUUUUUUCCCUACAAAGCAGUUACAGCUCAGACUUAGCAAACAAAAUUGGUAAAGCAGGCUUGUUUACUUUGCUCUCUCUUUGAUUGUGUCUAGAGAGAGAAAUGUGCCCUAAAAUAGACUCCAGAUGUCUUCCUGCCUUCAUUCCUCCACUUUAGCAAGGUGUCAGUUUCAAAGGGUUGUUUAGUUAUAGGCAGUAUUUUAAAGCUAAUUUUGACAUCCUUCCCUUUUUUCCUUAGUCGUUUUACCAAAACCUGUUUCUUUACCUUUAGUUUGAGAAUAUGAAAAAGAGAGAGAAGGGUUUCACAGGGAUGGCUUCAGGACAGGCCCUGAGCAGGAUGUGAGCUAAAGUAAUCAAAACUUAGCAUUACUCUGCUUUUCUAAAGAUAGAAUUUUUUUUUUCUGGGCCUUGGACUGCUUAGAAAUGACCCCAGAUUAGCAUUUUUCAGGUCACUCCUUCCUCUGUUCUAUUUUAUUACUGCCCUGAUAUCCCACUGGCCUCCAUCCUACUGCCAGCCCUGUCUGCUCUCCGUCUUCAGCUUCUGCAUUUCCCUCUGUGUCUAUCCUGAUAGAUGACGAAGCAGGCUGCAGUCUGCACUGGGGGAGAUCUCAAGCCUCUUUUAAGCGGGUGAAGACGUGUGGCAUCUGCCUGGAUUUCUGGGACAAGUUCCAGGAGGUGGAACAACAGCACUGUCAGGGCCAUCUUAGUUGUGAGAAUGUGUGGUGGUUAUGAUCUUCUACUCCUACCCUUUUUUCUGUUUGGAAGCCUUGUCCUAAGCUACCUGAUGGUUUAGGAGGUCUUAACACAAGCAGUGGAGAAGGGUGAGUAAAUGUCCAGAAGCAGAAUGAGGCUGUGUGGAUUUGGCAUGGAAGGACUGAAACCCUGCAGGAUCAGGGAGGGAAGGGGAGGCCUCUGAGGUGCCUCCCAGGGUAGAGGAGGAGAAUCUAAGGGGCUGGAGUUUAGUAUACUUGGAGGAGGGGUUUCCUCCAAUUUUUCCUAACUCCUUGAAUUCACAAGUAGAUUUUUGUAAACAAAAAUGUAAGUCUGGAUGUUUUCUAUUAUUCUGGGAGUGACCUUUAUGUAUGUGGAAGAUUAAUAGUAUAUGCUCCAUAUUUCACUGUUUUCGAGUAAAACCCUAAUUACUUUCUUCAUUUCAGCCUACUGGCAAAAUUGUUGUUUACAGGCUCGCUUUUUGCUUGUAACUGAGAACAUGUGCAAAAAUAUCGAAUCUGUAUCUUGUGCUGUAUGAAGACUUCAGUGACUAUUCAUUAAUAUAUUAGCUUGUUCUGGUCUCUGUUCAAAUAUAGCUCGGAUCUUACCAACAUAAUUUAAAUGUCAUCUUUGAGUAGUCCGAAGAUUUUGUUGCUUUGUCUUGUGAAAGUAAUCUCAAAAAGAAAAAAUAUAACUGUGUGAUCUUACUUGAUAUUUCGUGUCCUAGAAUAAUGUACUUGACAUUUAUGUUCCUAAUCAAUUGUAAGUACUAGUAGAAAUGCUCUGUCAAACUAAAUGAGGAUCAUUAGUACUUUUGUCUUUUCCUUUGUGCUUGAAGGAAAAAUAUGUCACUACUGUAUUUCUUGUUUUCACCAAAAAAUAAAAAUGAAUUAAAACUUC